GAAUAUACUCCUAAUAUGUUAUGAAUACGAGUGUAUUAAUCAAUAAGACGUCGGAAAGUAUAGUGAAUUUGACGACACAGUCGUCGGUGUCGUCGACCACCAGGUCUUCGGUGGUCGAGACAAUGGCCGCCAAUUUGCCCAAAUUGGCCGACAAUAUCACAGCCCUUGUGGAACAUCCCGGAAUAUUUCUUCAGUCCACGUCCGCUAAAGUCAUUUCCGGCGCUUUCGUAUGGAUCGCACUCAUCAUCACUUGUCAUCAGAUCUACCAACACUUGCGCUUCUACUCCAUGCCAUCGGAGCAGAGAUGGAUUGUUAGGAUUCUGUUUAUUGUCCCGAUCUAUGCUCUCGACUCAUGGCUUAGUCUUAUGUUCUUUAGAGAUAAUUAUUAUGUCUAUUUCGAAAGCGUUAAGGAUUGGUAUGAAGCGUUUGUUAUCUACAACUUCUUGAGUUUAUGUUAUGAGUAUUUGGGAGGAGAAGGGAAUAUAAUGACCGAAAUCCGCGGUAAACCGAUCCGCUCGAGCUGGUGGUACGGCACCUGUUGUCUGUCCGGUCGCACGUAUUCCAUCGGUUUCCUCCGUUUCUGCAAACAGGCGACACUUCAGUUCUGUGCCGUCAAACCCAUGAUGUCUAUCAUUACGCUUGUGUUGCAAGCGUUUGGAAAGUAUAAGGACGGCGACUGGAGCGCCGAUUCUGGCUAUCUUUACAUCACAAUGAUAUACAACAUCAGCGUUUCUCUGGCUCUCUAUGGUAUGGUCCUCUUCUAUCACGCG